AUGACACCAGGAAAUAAUGGUAAAAGAACUACUGUAGUAUCGUAUAGAGGUCAGACUCUCUCCCGCCAUACUCAACUUCAUCUACAAAAGGUGCAUGGGAUUUUAAUCGUUGUAGGAUGGGGAACUUUGCUUCCAAUAGGAGCAAUCAUUGCAAGGUUUUUCAAGUGGAAACAAUGGUUCUGGUGUCACGUACUGUGCCAAACACUAGGAUACAUUGUGGGCACAAUCGGCUGGUGCAUUGGGAUAUGGCUUAGAACCCUUUCAAAACAUUAUUUGUCUAAACUCCAACUUGCACUUACCAUCAUUACCUUCACAAUCAUAAACUUACAAAUACUUUCCGUGUUGACGAUGAGGUUAAAUAAAGAAGGUGGUUAUCGCAAGUGGUGGAACAUAUGGCACCAUGCUACAGGGUAUGCUGCAAUUGGAAUGGUUGUAGUAAGCAUAUUUGCUGGGAUAAGCACUGAAAAAGAAGCUGAAAUUUUGAUGAAGGCUUAUACGGUGAUAAUUGGAGUACUGAUUGUUGUAGCCGUACCAUUACAAAUGUUCAGAUUCAAGUCUACCAUAAAGAAACAGUUUAUGCGAAUGACUACCAGCUUAAGACGAUCACAGAGCAUUUAG